AUGAGAGGGGGCAGCUGGGAGGCCGAGUUUGACUGCUCGCUGUUCGCCGCCGAGGCUGCGUCCACCUUCUACUGCUUCCGGGCAAUCGCGUCGGAGGUGGGAGACGAUGCAGGAAGAGGGGAAGGAGGAGGUGGAGGAGGAGAUGGAGGAGGAGAUGGAGGAGGAGACGUGAGGGCCACCAAGUGUGUGCAGGCCUCAUUGCAUCUCCCGGCAAAUGGCACGCCCCCCGGUCCCCUAGAGGGGGGGAUCUGGGGUCCCUGGUCGCCGUGGUCUCCCUGCUCGGCGUCGUGCGGGGAGGGCACGCGAGAGCGCCGCCGGACGUGCGCCGCCGCGGCCGUCAUCGCCGUCGCCACGGCGGAAGGGGCGGCCGCCCUGGCAGGGCAGCGGGGAGCUGCAGCGACCUGCGGAGGAGAGCCGGAUGCGCCGUGGUCGGAGCGCGAGAGCUCCCCGUGCUCGCUGCUGGAGUGUCGCGAUCGCGGCGGCGGCGGCGGAGUCGGAGUCGGUGAUGAGAACGAAGGGAGGAGGGUGAGCACCGCAGUGAACGAUCGCAACGCGUCUCGUGACACUCCACCACCGCCGCCGCCGGCACCGCCAGCGGCACCGCCGUCGACGCCACACGGCGUGGUGGAGAGCGCCGUGGCGGUGUUUGGGAUGUGCGUGUGUGCGUGCGUCGUCGUCUCGACCCUCCUCGCCGCCGCCCGCGCGUGCGUCGCUCGCUUCAAGCCGGGCGGCGGUGGCUGUGGCGGCUGUAGUGGCUGCAGUGGCUGCGGUGGCGGCGGCGGUGGCUGCGGCGCUGAAGCAGGGGGGGUGGCCCUGAGUGUCGCAGGGGCCUGCAGGGGCGUCGCCCCGGGUCGAUCCUCCCAGCUGCUGCCGUCCGGGGAGGAGAUGGAGCUGGACGCGCUCCGCGAAUCCGAGUCGACCGUCGCCGCUCGCUCCUCCGGCCGGACGGUGCCGGCGUCCACCUCCUUCACCGAAGCGUCGUCGCUUGUCGUGACCGAGGCGCCUGGCAGACGCACCGUGGAACUACCCAACGGCUCGUCCCGGCUCCUUGCCACAAACCACUUGGCUUCCACGUCCGGCGUCCUCCCGGCGCCGUCUCCCCUUUCCCCGGCGUCACCGCCGCCGCCGCCGAUCUCGGCGAUCUCGCCGCCGCCGCCGUUCAGCUUCUCGCUCGCUCACCGGCAGCUGCGACGCAUGCGACGCGACGGGCAGACGGAGGGCGUGCGCACGUACCGGCUCGUGCCCCGCCAGCCGCCGCCGCCGGGCCCCGACGGCGCCCCGUGCCUCGCGUCGGACGAAGACUCCGAGAACGGCACCGCCGGAGCCGCCGGGUUCGCCGCCGCCGGGUUCACGCUGCCGUCGCCGGGCAGGUCCCGUGGCGCCGGCCACCGCAAGCUGAGCCUCCCGGCGCUGGCCGACGCCCGCUGGGCGCUGGCGGCGCCUCCGCCGCCGCCGCCGACGAUGUGGCGGGAAGCGUGGGGGGCUGUGCCGAUGGCGCAGUGGUUGGCGGUCAGCGGGCAGGCCGGCGGUUGGGCGGUGCCGCUGCAGCUGUUCCCGCCGCCACCGGCGGCGGCCGCCCCCGCCAGGGCUGGCGCCGCUCUGCGGAGAGUGCCGCCGACCGCUGUACUUUGCCGGCGAUGGCGACGGUGACGACGACGAGCGGGUUGUGGCGCCGGCGAUCUACCCGGCGUUCCGAGGCGAUUCGAGACACUCGCUGGGCGCUGUCGACGGCGCCACACUUCACCAGCAGCAGCAGCAGCAGUUUCGGCCGAGGAAGGGCAGUUGCGGCGCCAGGAGGCUGCCGCCGCUCCCGCGGGCGCCGGCAAGGCCUGGCGGCGCCGGCUCGGAAUCCUCCGCGGCGGCCACGAGCGCCGGAUCGGAGGGAUCGGUGGCAGAGCGGUCGCCGCUUCACCGGAUCCACCAGAGGCUGGAGGGGCCCAGCUUCUCUCACAGCGAGGUGUGAGAGUGAGGAGUGUGGCGAGUGGCUGGCUCCGACGGGGCCAUUGUGACCCACCCUGAGACAGAAACAGAGGGGCCCAGCACCAGGAAUAGAACCUCGCCUCCAUGGCGGUGACCCCUCCGUGGCUUUAACUCGGCCAUUGUGAACCCCUUCGGAGAGAGGGAGAGAGACAUGACCAGACCUGGCCGUUAUGAACCCGAUGAGAAAAAUAGAGAAGAGACUGAACCUAGAAUCUCAAUGACAUGGCCAUUGUGAACCUCCUGAGAGAAACGGAGAGAGACACCCAGACCCAGGAAAUGGACAUAGGGUCUCGGUGGUGCCGGCUCAUUGCCUCUGACUCAGCCAUUGUGCAGCCCGAGGUGAUAAAGAUCUGACCGGUGGUCACUGUGGCGAGAGAGCUUGGCUCGCGGACGGUCGCGAGUGAAAAUCGAGAGAGCUUUCAAUAUCAUCAUCAGCGAUUUCAUUAUCAUCUUUAAUAGCAAGAUCAUAAUCAUCUGUGUCGUUUACAUCAUCAUCAGCAGCAGCAUUAUCAUCAUCAUCGGCAGUUUUAUCACCGUCCGUCUCGGCUAGAUCAAGUGACCACUUUGCGUGAAUUCAACAGUGGUUGUCCUGUGGAUGUCAUGGCCCCCGCCAUGGGAAUGUGGAAUGUCCACCACCGGCCCGAGGGGCCCACCAGUAGAGAUGAUCGCCACCCCAUGCUCGUCUUUACCAGGGAGACAUUUCCUCUUGUGACACCGCAGACAAAAACCCUCCCGGCUCCGCUGUCCCGUUGCCUUGCGGCCCAUCAAGCGACGUGCAGCUGCCUGGCGCACCACGAGCAAGGCCGGCUGCCAAGCGUCACCCGACCUCGCAUGACCCUCACCCCCGAACCGUCUCCGGUCUGCACAGCGAAACCACCGUUUGCCGUAUAGCGCCGGGUCCACCGCACGGCCCGCCCUUCGCCCGGAAACCCGGGCCCUCAGCACGCCGCCACCCCCGGCCACACCCUGUUGCCCCUCCCCCCGUCCACCACCGCCAGCCGCAGGACCCGCGUGCGCUGCGGGCCGACGCACGGGCACCUGCGGACGGCGCGGGCGACUUUCCCGCGGAUGGACGAGCGCCCGAAGAUGAUGAUGAAGGGGCUGAGGGAGUAGUAGACGGAGGUGAAGAAGGCGCGCACGUCGGCCUGCGUGCUCGUCCACUCGGCGCUCAGCCUCUGCACGACGGUGAAGCGCAUGCACACGUUGACGCCCCAGCAGACGAACGCCACGACCAUGAGGCACGCGAUCACCUUGGCCGCGUUGAGGGCGGCCGCGUUGCCGGCGCCCCCGACCCAGCCCCGGUUCCGCGCCACCAGCCGCCGGUGCCGCAGCACGAAGCCGAGCACCAGCGCGUUGGCGGCGAGGAGGGUGGCGAGCGCCGCCACGUCGAGGACGUUGGAGGCCUCCAGGAAGGCCGCGGCGCCGUCGGAGGGCGUCACGACGCAGCCCGAGAUGUGCAGGAAGCCGCCGGCCCGCCCGUCGCCUCGCGAGCGCACGUCGAGCGCCAGCAGCGGCGCCGACGCCAACGCGCAGAGGGCGCACGUGGCCCCCACGAGGCGGGCGGCGCCGCCGCCGCGCCGGCCCGACAGGAGGCGCGAGAGCGCGGCGGAGAGGCGGCGCGGGCGGCCGCGGGGCUCGACUCGCGCGAGCUGCAGCGCGCUGAGGAUCACCGUGAAGGCGAGGCUGCAGGAGCGCAGGACGUUGACGGAGUAGAGGAGCGCCUUGCAGGCGCCGUCGCCCAGCGCCAGCGAGUCGAGCGACGUCAGCACGUACGGCGUGUUCUUGAAGACGGACGAGAGCAGGUGCGUCGCUGACAUGCCGAUGACCACCACGUCGGCGGGAGACGGGCGGCGCAGUUGCGAGAAGGCGACGAGCACGGCCGAGUUGCCGCACACGCCGAGGACGGUGAGCACCACGAAGAGCACGGUCAGCAGCAUGCUGGCCGUGCACAGCGAGAGAGAGCGGGAGAGAGCAUGCGUGUGUGUGUGUGAGGGAGAGAAAGCGGGAGAGAGCAUGCGUGUCUGUGUGUGAGGGAGAUAGAGCGAGACGGUGUGUGUGUGUGUGUGAUGGAGAGACGGUGUGUGUGUGUGUGAGGGAGAGAGCGAGACGGUGUGUGUGUGUGUGUGAUGGAGAGACGGUGUGUGUGUGUGUGUGAGGGAGAGAGCGAGACGGUGUGUGUGUGUGUGUGAGGGAGAGACGGUGUGUGUGUGUGUGAGGGAGAGAGCGAGACGGUGUGUGUGUGUGUGUGUGAGGGAGAGACGGUGUGUGUGUGUGUGAGGGAGAGACGGUGUGUGUGUGUGUGUGAGGGAGAGACGGUGUGUGUGUGUGUGAGAGCGAGACUGUGUGUGUGAGGGAGAGAGAGAGCGACGGUGUGUGUGUGUGAGAGCGAGACGGUGUGUGUGUGUGAGGGAGAGACGGUGUGUGUGUGUGUGUGAGAUUGUGGUUGUGUGUGUCCGUGUGAAAUCACGUGUUUGUGUGAUUGAGUUUGCGUGUGUGCGUGCGUGCGUGUGGCCGCGCGCGCGUGCGAGUGCGCUGUGAACCCGGCGAAGCGAGUUCUAUUUCCAGUCACGGCUAACAUCAGUGGCGAGUGCUAUCUGAGCCGGUCCCGGGUUUUACCGCCACCCUGAUUCACCAACACACGCUGGGCGGUGGCGCGGUGGCCCGGCCCUAGCGCAUUCGCCGAUCCGGUGACCGCCCCGGUCAUCACCGCGUCGUGCGUGAUCGCCGUAAUAAUGCGACGACUGCUACGCCGCCGUCUGCUUCGCUCACAGCGGACGCUAAAGAUCCCGUGACGUAAUUCGCAAGAGCGGGCCAUCGUGCCCCGGAGUCACGGUCCUUAGUUUGCCAAAUUCGACAAUUAACGCCGUAGAUGACUCAACACUCAAUUGGGAUCACGCAAAAUGCAGAAACGUCGCCCCCCCCCGCCCCCCUUUCCUGGCGGCAGACUAAUUCCCCAGGCUCCUCUCGCAAAUGAGACUCGUUCUGGUCUCUUGCAUUCCCACCUGGUUGAACAAACAAACACUUGACCAGCACGGUGAAGUAUGGUCAAACAAGCCCCAUGACUGACAGAUUUAAGAGUCCCUCAUCCAGCAGUUGAGACAAUUGGGAAAGUUUCUUAAAUCCCCUCCCAACACUGCCUCUGUCCACCUGGCAUUGUUAUAAUUGGCUUCACCGCAGUCGGUCAAUGUGCAGGUCCCAUGACGUCUGUCCAACGUGGAAGAGUAGGCCAAAGUCCCCUCGAGAGGGCCUCUCUAGAGCGAGCGACUGCGGUGGCUGCGCCCUCAGGCCGUGGGGGGGUAAUUGGCACCUCAAUUUGCGCGGAGACUUCCACUCCCCCGGGUCCCAAUCACAGCGAGCGCACGAGUGCCCGUGUCACGCGCACGUCCACUCGCGCGUGCGCUCCGCUCCUCCACGCGGCGCGGCCCUCAGGUUUCAAUGGCAACCGUCCGCAAGCCCGCACGCCUGUUUGUGCGGUCAGAGCGGUUCAACAAAUCAACGCGCCGAUGUGCACGUGCGGUGGUGGUCCAGGCGCAGCCGUGCAACCGCUUGUGCCCACGCCGCUGACGGCCGGACGGCCUCCGCUGGAGACAGCUCUCGAGGGGAGCGGCAUCUGUUCUGCUCUUCGUCGCUGGCCUGACGUCUUGGAAAGAACUGGGAGUACAAAGAUCCCCCGUAUAGCCUUAACAGACUGUUGGGGCAAGUGCUGUUACCACGCCCGGCUGCCUUUGUCUCCCUAGUGGCAGUGUUUUUACACACCGCACCAGGUGCUCAUUUGAGGCUUAGUCGACAUCGGAGAGGCCCAGGACCGGUUCAGAUAAUCGUCACCGGUGUUGGCCGUGAGCAGGAAUCGAACUCGGGUCGCCGGGUUUGUAGCACAGCGCACUAACUGCUACACCACCGCUCCCCACAAUUUACCUCACCACCACCACACGCGACCCGCCAAUCAUCAACUGCCGUGGACAGAGGUGGCGGGGAGGAUGACAAACUCACGCCAUUGUUUCAGGCGCCGCACUGGGAGCAGGAAUCGAACUGGCAUCCAAUGGAUUGCAGGUCCAGCGGUGCUGACCAUUGCACCACUGUGGUGGCAGCAUCCCGAGAAAUUCACAGCCCCUCCUCAAUCCACUGCUGGAUGAAGGCCUCCCGAUGGAGGUUGUUUGACCAUACUUCACCAUUCUGGUCGGCGCCAGUUGGUUGGAAGGAGAAGGGGGAGGCGCAGGACCGGGUCAGACACAUCGCUUGCCACGGCUGUUGGCCCCGGCCGGGAAUGAAACUCCGGGUCGCCGGCUUCGUGUGACAGUGCUGCUGCACCGCCACUGUGCCCACAACUAAUCUCACGUCACUCAGAACCGCCCCGGUUUUGUUUUAAUAACACGAGGGUAACGUUCACCGUAUUUUCACAAACCCCGGCGGUUUCUCAGUGAAAGCCGCUCGCUAAUUCUGUCGUGUGCUGUGAUGUUUCCAUCAUUUUACAGCGGACGGCUUAUUCACUAUGUAACACGAUUUUUGUUCCUGGGUAGUAAGUGUUAUUUUCUAAUUGCUUAUGCCUCAAAAGUAUAGAAAAGAGUCAUAUCUUUCUAUCCUUUUAACUGGCAACAAAACUGACACCUUUAUACAAGGCAUCAUGUUUGCAUUAACCACAACACUUGUGGUCAAAAUUCAAACAAAAAGACAACUCUGGUAAUGAAUGCACUGUCCUUGAAAUUGAUUGGUCCACACCCGAGACAGCUUUUCUUAGAGCCUAGAGUUGUCUUUUUGUUUGCAUUUUGGCCGCAAGUGCUGUGGUUAAUGCAAACACGAUCCCUUGUAUAAAGGUGUCAGUUUUGUUGCCAGUUAAAAGUGUAAAAAUCUAUUACUAUAUCUUGCUACUGGCAAAUGAAGUCCUAUACAAGUAUAGAAAAUGGAUAUUAUUCCCCACAAACUUUGCUUUUACAUGAAGGAAUGACACAAAUGCACACCACGUUUUCUCAUUGAAAAUAGGUACAUUUCGAAAUAUCACUGUCCUGGUCACAAAAGCAAAGUUUGUGGGGAAUAAUAGCCAUUGUCUGUACUUUUCAGACAUAAGCAAUUCGAAAAUAACACUGAGUAUCCAGCAACAAAAAUUUAAUAUUUUAGUCUUCUGCGUUUGGCUUAGGAUAUUCGCCGUAUUCUCCCGAUUAUAAGAAGCUGUGGAAAGUAAGAGGCACCCCAGCGUCCGUCGCUAUUGACAGAACCUGCGGAAACAAGCCCAGUGGUAAUAACCGUAACAAGAAUAAACCCAUGACCAAACACUGUGGAUGUGCCCAAUCUUGUUGGAACUUGGAAGCUAAGCAGAGUUGAGACUGGUGAGUACUUCAUCACGCACCGUACGUAGCCAGCCAUGCCAACCGGAGGCGCUUCGUGGUGAUGAUGCUCAUCAUCAUCAUGAGGCGUGAAGCCCUCAGGGCGUAGCGGUGCCCCACGGUCCACUCACCGCCACGCCGAGUGACGGCCAAGGCCGCGGUGCUGCUGGUGGCGGUGGCGGUGGUGAAGAUCGGCCUCCAUCGUGCGCACUGUCCAUUGUCAGAAUCAGAAUUCUUGUUGUCUGUGUUCAUCCGGAAGGAAUCCGAUGAGGCGUGGAGCUCGUUUUGAGCAGGUGUCCAAUGUCAACCGGGGCUGUCUCCGACCCUGAGGCGCGCCGUCGGCGAUCGCUCUCAGAGCGGUCAGCUGAUCAGGGCUUGCCGGAUGUUGUCGGCUCGACGGCACUGCAGUGUGCGCCGCCGUGCUGGGUUGUCUCCUGUUGCUCCCCAACCUCGGAGGCAAACUAAAUGUUUCGAUUUAAAGCUUUCGUGACUGCAUGGAUUCAUCAUCUUGGUUCUUUCGGUAAAGUCACGUAGAAGGGAAAUAAUAAAAUAAUAAAAAUAAACAUUAAAUAAUUCUCACGACGUUUCGGCCACACAAGUCUGUCGGGAAGACAGCGUCUGAAUUCAGACGCUGUCUUCCC